UUAUAUAUUUGAGAAACUAUACUAUGAAGAAUUACCUGAGAUUUCUCUAAAAUAUGAACAUAAAAGAUAAAAAUAGGAUAACUGUUCCUUAGAGCUGCAGCGGUACGGUAUGUUUCUAGGGUUUUUUCUUGUAUGUAUAAUAUUCCAAGCUAGUUUGUUUUUAUGUCAACUUGUUGUAAAUUUUAUAACAAUUACAAUUUAUACCAGUUUCCUUACAAUAAAUUCGUAAUAUCACCAAAAUUCGUCAUUUUCCGUGACUGAGUUAUUGAAACACACACACACACAUGAACAAGAAUGCCGCCAUCUUGUCAUGUAAAUACACGACGACCGUUAGAGAUACACAGUAUGUUCCCAAAUUUCAAAUUGUACUGGAAUAACGUUAUAAACAGAGAUGUGGAAAUAAUAGUGAAUCGUUCAAUUUGAUAACCAAAUAGAAUGUUGUCAUGACAAAUGGGAUUUUUUUUUGUAUUAGUAUGUUUGUUUUAUUAUUAGUAUCUUUUGUCUCCCCACGAAGGAACUAUGGUGAACAUCUCAGACACCAAACUUUACAUAUGCUUUCUUAUUCGGUAGAGACUUCUAAUUUUGGCCAUGGUUUACUGCUGCAGCCAGGACUGUCUUCUCAUGAUGGAACUCCUCAACGGUGAACAGCUCAGUCGUCAAACUUUACAUAGGCUUUGUUCUUGGGUAGAGGAUCCUAGUUUCGGGCAUGGUUUACUGCUGCAGUCAGGACUGUCUUCUCAUGAUGGAACUCCUCAACGGUGAACAGCUCAGUCGUCAAACUUUACAUAGGCUUUGUUCUUGGGUAGAGGAUCCUAGUUUCGGGCAUGGUUUACUGCUGCAGUCAGGACUGUCUUCUCAUGAUGGAACUCCUCAACGGUGAACAGCUCAGUCGUCAAACUUUACAUAGGCUUUGUUCUUGGGUAGAGGAUCCUAGUUUCGGGCAUGGUUUACUGCUGCAGCCAGGACUGUCUUCCCAGGAGAGAACUUCUCAACGAUGAAUAGUUCAGUAGCCAAAUUUUGUACAAAAUUAAGUGGAACGUGAUUUUCAUUACGGUCUUUUCGUCUUACAAUUUUUAUAGCAUAUCCGUAAAUAGAAUUGUAGGUACAUAUCUAUUGCCCAUUGCUUAUACAACAGUACGUUCAGAUUAUGUAGUUUACGCACCCGCUUGUUUUUCAGAAAAAUGGAUGCUCCUAGCACUUCCUCGGCUACGCCCUCUACUAGUGGACCAAAACCACUAGUGGUAGGCAAAAAAGUCGUAAUGACGCCAGAGGGAACCCUGACGUUGACCGAGGACGUCCUGUUGGAGAAAACUGCUUCGGGACGUCUUAAAAGUUUCUGUCCAGAGACGAUUCAUGUGGGAGAAGGCUUGUCUCUCAUAGACGAGGGCGGAAGUCACCUUAGACCGCGCAAUCUUUUUCCCGAAACGAAUGCUGAAAGGGAUGAAGGAGACAUUUUCGACGAGCCGCUUGCUCAAGCUCUUGCGGGGGACUCCGGGAGUGAAGCUGACGACGGGGAGGAGCUCACCCUGGAAGAGCUUCAGCAAAUAUUAGAGACGGCUGAGGACGAGGCCGAGGAUACUUCGGAGGAGCUCCAGUGGAGCGAAGAUUUUUCAAGUUUCCGCGCGGUGCAAGAGGACUUUAAUGAGAGCGUUGGUCCUAAAAUUGUUGGAACACGACCUUUCGCGUUGUUCCAACAAAUUUGGGACCAACCUCUCAUGGAGUCAAUUGCCACGGAAACAAAUAGGUUUGCGUGGCAACAUAUUGCUCCACACUUCGAGGUGGAAGACGAACUUGCCGAAAAAAGCCGACUAAGGCAGUGGGCCGACACCUCUGUGGGAGAGCUGUACAAGCUGUUUUCUGUUUUAUUGCUAAUGGGGAUGUGCGUUAGGGGACGGCUGGACGAGUAUUGGUCAACAGGAAUUUUGGGAAUGCCGGGAUUUCGAAAAAUCAUGCAAAAAGAUCGCUUUUUAUUACUCAUGCGCUUCCUGCAUUUCGCUGAUAAUAACACAAUUCAUCACGGGGAUGACAAAAAACUAGCGAAAAUCAGGCCCCUUUUAGAACAUCUAAACAAAAAGUUUGCCGAUAUCUACUCGCCUCGCAGAGAGAUGAGUAUAGAUGAAUCGUUGCUGCUUUGGAAAGGACGUAUUAGUUGGAUGCAGUGCAUCCGCUCCAAAGCAGCAAGAUUUGGAAUAAAAACAUGAACUCUGCGAGGCUGUGUCGGGGUACGUGCUCAAAGUGAUUAUUUACACCGGAAAAGGGACAUUACCCAGGGCAUCGGUGUUUGGGUUUUCGUCUUCUACUGCCAAGAUAGUUCUGGAACUUUUCAAGGACUAUCUUGGCAGGGGAUUUACCCUUUUUAUGGACAAUUUCUACAACUCAAUUGCAUUGCGGAGCAGCAAUAGCCCCGGGCUUCGCAAGGGCACCAUGGCGCUGGUGCGCGAGAACCGGCUACCGCCCUGCUACUGGCGGCUGGGCCGCAUCGAGCCCUGCUUAACAGGCCACGACGGCGUCACACGAGUGGCAGAAAUCCGUACAGCGCGUGGAGUCAUCACGCGGGCAUUUAAUAAUAUUUGUCCCCUCCCUAAUGAAUCUUAGUAACGAAGCAUUCCUCCUUUACGUACAUAUUCACUAUUAAUCACCGAUUAUUUUUUAACAUACAAAAGGUUUUAUGUAAUUAUAUAUUCAGUGGCAAAAAUCUAUAUUUUUUUCGAAUUAGAUACCUGUAGCGACAUAGUAAAUAUUAUAUAAGUAUAGCAUAUUAAUCGCGUAUCUGUAUUCCGAUGUCUUAAAGGGUCGGCAGUCUUAGCCCGACCGCCGUUCCGGUAAUAUAUACUGUGUGUAAUACGUGCGCUACCUAACUCAAUAUAGUGAACUGAUAUCAGGAAGAGUGCUUUCAUUUAUUAUCCCGAACUAAAGAACUGAACAUACAACUGAACACGAUAAAUCUGGUCAUCCAACACAAAACUGGUGACCCCUACAAAUUUUAAUUUUUAAUACGUAAUAUCGAGAGUUCGGGACGAAGCGUCGGUCGGGCUGGCUCACACGAGCAAGCCAUACGGACAAAAAUUGUGCCAGUAGUGAAUUGUUGUUUAACUUAAUAUGGCAGCAAAUCGAAGACGUCGCCGCUGGUGAUGUGGCGCAGAUUACAGUUUCGUCGCGCAUUCCCGAUU